CUUGUUGGCAUACGAACUUGUGCGGCUUUCCAACUUCUCCCGUAGACGAUUUAAGUUGAUUUCGGAAGACCAGAGCAAACAAUAUGUAAAAUCAGUAAGGUGCUGUAAAUUUACUUUACAGUAGAAGAUGGAAGGAAAUAACAACGAAAGGUUUUUGUCAGUUUGCCGGCGUCGUUGCUCUAGAUUCUUGGAAAGGAUAAAGAUUGUGGACCCGCCUGCUCUACCAGAGCACAAUGGUUCAGAUUCCAAGAAGUCCAAAUUUAUCUUUUCUUACCACAGUAAAAUCAGAGCAAGCGUGGACUGGCUCAUUCUGGUCGCUACCUUCUACAUUGCUGUGACAGUGCCCUAUGACAUAUGCUUCACUAACAACAUGACCCGCAGCAUAUCUGCAUGGGACAUUGUUGUAGAGUUACUGUUCUUCACAGACAUCAUUUUCAAUUUUCGCUCCGCUUACACAAGCAAGUCAGGCCAGGUGAUCUCUGAUGGUCGACAGAUAUGCAUCCAUUACCUGAGGACGUGGUUCGUCAUUGACCUGCUGGUAGCAUUUCCUUUUGACCUGCUUAUUUAUGGCGAUGACAUGAACCAGGAGGUUUCUCAGGGGAAGCUGUGGCUCAGCAGCAUUGAGUCAGCAGGCAAUGGCUGCACUGGCUGCUUAAGCAUUACAGUAAAUAAUGUGUUAGUGGACCAGGCAGGCUGUAGUGAAGAAUAG